UGAGAGCCAGAUAAGCGUCCAAAUGGGUGUUGGUCAUUCCUCCCUUCCAUCUUCGGUUGACUCACUUUGUAUCAAUGUUUUUAAGCCACACCCAAAAACAAGCGCAUUAUACAAUCCCACUCCCCAAAAGCAUCUCUUCCCCACUAAAAAACACUCGCUUUUUGCUGGUCUAAAAAUUGGGUCUUUCAACCACGGGAGAGUACCUGGCGAGAUGGAAAUCCAAAAGGGUAUUGCCGCUGCACAAAAGCCCAUCGUUGAUUUUCAUGGUAUUGAUGAAGGUUUGAUUCAAAAGAUAGUAUAUGAUGCUCUUGUUUGGAGUUCUCUUCAUGGCCUUGUCGUUGGUGACAGAAAUGUUCAGAGAUCUGGGAAGCUACCUGGUCUCGGCAUGGUUCACGCUCCAAUUGCUUUGUUGCCUACCCCAUUUCCAGAAUCCCAUUGGAAACAAGCAUGUGAACUAGCUCCAAUUUUCAAUGAACUAGUCGACCGUGUAAGUUUAGAUGGAAAGUUCCUGCAAGACUCCCUAGCUAGGACCAAAACAGCAGAUGCUUUUACCUCUAGACUUUUAGAUAUUCAUUCCAAGAUGCUAGAAAUGAGUAAGAAAGAGGAAAUACGAUUGGGUUUACAUCGAUCAGAUUACAUGCUUGAUGAGAAAACCAAAUUACUCCUCCAAAUAGAGUUGAACACAAUUUCAUCUUCUUUUGCUGGUCUUGGUUGUCUUGUGACCGACCUUCACAGGACUCUACUUGAUGACUAUGGUGAAGAACUUGGCUUAGAUUCUAAAAUGAUCCCAGGAAACACUGCAAGAUUGCAGUUUGCUGAGGCAUUGGCUAAAGCUUGGGCUGAAUAUAAUAACCCCAGGGCUGUAGUUAUGGUUGUUGUUCAGACCGAAGAACGCAAUAUGUAUGACCAACAUUGGCUUUGUACAGUGUUGAGGGAAAGAUAUAAUGUAAGAAGUAUUAGGAAAACACUGGCUGAAAUUGAUAGUGAAGGCCAACUUCUCCCUGAUGGCACACUUGCUGUAGGUGGCCAAGCAGUUGCAGUUAUCUAUUUUAGAGCAGGGUAUACGCCAGCUGAUUAUCCUUCAGAAUCAGAGUGGAGUGCUAGACUGCUAAUGGAGCAGUCUUCAGCUAUCAAGUGCCCAUCAAUAUCAUAUCAUUUAGCAGGAACUAAGAAGAUUCAACAAGAACUUGCAAAACCUAAUGUACUUGAGAGGUUCCUCGACAACAAAGAUGAUAUCGCCAAACUACGGAAAUGUUUUGCUGGAUUGUGGAGUUUGGUUGACUUGGACAUCAUAAAAGAAGCAAUAGAAAAACCCGAGUUAUUUGUUAUGAAGCCCCAAAGAGAAGGAGGAGGGAACAAUAUCUAUGGUGGUGAUGUGAAAGAAACCCUUCUACGAUUGCAAAAGGAGGGCUCCGGAGAAGAUGGUGCCUAUAUACUUAUGCAGAGGAUUUUCCCAGCUGCUUCUCUAACAUAUUUGAUUCGUGAUGGCAUUUGUCAUAAAGAUCAUGCUAUAUCAGAGCUUGGGGUAUACGGUGCUUACUUAAGGAAUAAGGAGAACGUCAUCAUGAAUGACCAAUGCGGCUACUUGAUGCGGACCAAGGUAUCAUCGUCUAACGAAGGAGGGGUUGCAGCCGGAUUUGCAGUGUUAGAUAGUAUAUAUCUGACUUGAUGAUCGCAAAUUUUGUGGAUACCAUCAAUCUUACAUACACUUCCAAACAUUUACUGUUGAGUUAUUUACAUGACAGAGACAGUUUGGCAAAUAAUGGUCCACGAUAUCUUGAAACAGCUUGAAGAGCUGUUCAAGUGUUUGCUUACACAGAAAAGGAAAUGGAUUACAUUUCUAUAUUUUUCUUAUGAGAAACUCCAAAGCUG